UUCUUGUACGUGACAGACAACGAAUUUUAUUGAAUUUUAUUGAAUUAGUAGGUACAUAAAUUCAUAUUUGCCUUGUUUUCUUAUAAUAAUAGCAGCGAAUAAUUGCGUCAAAGAUACAGCUGAGCAAUUUUUUGCACCAUAAUUGUGGUGAAUUUAAAAAACAAUGACAUCAUCAAAUACCUUACAAAAAGCUAUUGAUCUUGUCACUAAGGCUACUGAAGAGGACAAGAACAAGAACUAUGAAGAAGCAUUACGUUUAUAUGAGCACGGUGUAGAGUAUUUUCUUCAUGCAGUAAAAUAUGAGGCCCAAGGUGAAAGGGCAAAAGAAAGCAUUCGUGCAAAAUGCCUUCAAUAUCUUGAUAGAGCUGAAAAAUUAAAGGAAUAUCUCAAAAAAGAUCAAAAGAAAAAACCAGUAAAGGAUGGGGAAUCCAAAAGUGAUGAUAAGAAGAGUGAUAGUGACAGUGAUUCUGAUGAUCCAGAAAAGAAAAAACUACAAGGGAAACUUGAAGGAGCUAUUGUGGUAGAGAAACCUCAUGUGAAGUGGAGUGAUGUAGCUGGUCUAGAAGCCGCUAAGGAAGCAUUGAAAGAGGCUGUAAUUCUACCAAUAAAAUUUCCACAUUUGUUUACUGGCAAGAGAAUACCAUGGAAGGGCAUCUUAUUAUUUGGACCCCCUGGUACUGGUAAGUCAUACUUGGCAAAGGCUGUGGCUACUGAAGCAAACAAUUCAACAUUCUUCUCUGUUUCAUCAUCUGAUCUGGUUUCUAAAUGGCUGGGUGAGUCGGAGAAGUUGGUAAAGAACUUAUUUGACCUUGCUCGACAACAUAAACCGAGCAUCAUCUUUAUUGAUGAAAUAGAUUCACUUUGCUCUUCCCGUUCAGACAACGAAUCUGAAUCGGCUCGUAGGAUCAAGACAGAAUUCCUUGUUCAAAUGCAAGGUGUUGGUAAUGAUAUGGAUGGCAUUUUAGUUCUUGGUGCCACAAAUAUACCAUGGGUCCUUGAUUCUGCUAUUCGAAGGCGUUUUGAGAAGCGUAUUUACAUUGCUCUGCCAGAAGAACAUGCCCGUCUUGAUAUGUUUAAGUUGCAUUUAGGCAACACAAGACAUCAACUGUCUGAACAAGAUAUGAAAUUAUUAGCGGCUAAAAGUGAGGGAUAUUCCGGUGCGGAUAUCAGCAUUGUUGUCCGUGAUGCACUAAUGCAACCUGUACGUAAAGUACAAUCUGCCACACACUUUAAAAAAAUAUCUGGUCCGAGCCCAACUGAUCCUAAUGUUAUUGUCAAUGACCUUCUGACGCCAUGUUCGCCUGGUGACCCAGGAGCUAUAGAAAUGACCUGGAUCGAUGUGCCUAGUGACAAACUUGGCGAGCCGCCAGUUACAAUGUCAGACAUGUUGAGAUCUUUAGCUGUUUCGAAGCCUACUGUAAAUGAUGAUGAUAUGGUAAAAUUGAGGAAAUUCAUGGAAGACUUUGGUCAGGAAGGAUAAGCUUAAAUUUGUUUUAAUGACAAAUUACGUCUAAAUAAUUAUAAUUACACAAAAUAUGAAUAUGUUAAGAAGUUGAAAGCACAGUGCCUAAUAUUUUGAUUGCUUCCGUUUUGUCAUUGUCAAAAAAAAAAAACGAAAGAAAGAAACAAUUGAAAUUCCACGAUUUUAUUAUUAUUUGUAAGUAUUGCUAUAAAUACUGGUUUUUUAUUUUUAAUAUUGAUUAUUACUAACACUAAAAGCACAUACUCUUUCUGAAAAUAGUAAAAUAAAAUUUUGGCAUUAUCAAUGUUGUAAAUGUAAAAGUUUAAAAAACUUCAUAUAAUCGUGAGUUGCUUGUCAAUAUUGAAUUGUAGGUAUUUAUAUAUUUGUAAGUAUGUAAUGAAGACCUGUAAUCUCUAGCUUCGUCCGCUAACUUUUUGUUGCUAAAGUAAUGCCUACUACACAAUAUAGAACGAAUUUUUGAAGUUUGAUCUUUGUGGAUUUUAUUUUUGUGACAUGACAGGGUUAUCAAAUUUGCGAAGUUCAAGAAAUGCUCACGAAUAUUGUAAAUAAAAAAUUAAAUUGUUUUCUUUUAUCAAGAAUGAUUGUGUUUAGAAGCCCUGCUGCCAUGUACACAUAAUUACAAUAAAUUAUUUACUCAGUACUAAUUUUCGUAUGUUAUAUUUUUAUAAUAUAUCCAGGGAUGUUUAUCUUAUUUCAGUGGAAUAAUUUACUAUCCCGUAUAAUUUUGUUGUAACCUAAAAUGUAUAAAAAAUGUAAGUAAAUUUUAAAAUAAACAACAAUAGACAAGGUC